AGAAGAAGGGGAGAAGAGGAGGAGGAGGUGGUACAUUCAGAUCAGAAGAGGGACAAGUCUUUAAGUGAGUGAAUGAAGCUGAACUACUCUGGGAAACAAAAGUAGAGAAAAACAACAAAACUCUUACCCGUCACUUUCUUUUUUCUUUUUUGGAGAGACCAGCGAUUAAUCAUCCACUCAUUGGAGUCUGCUUUGUAGCUUCAGGUUGGCAGGUGUUCCUGAAGGCACCAUGGAGGAGGGAAGCUGCUUUGGUGCAUUGUAGGGAGAACUAGAAGUGGACCUCAGCGUUAUUAUUUUCUGUUUUCCACCGGACACAUCUCCAGAGUAAAAGCAUGUGUCACGUCAUCGUAACGUGCCGCUCCAUGCUGUGGACCCUGCUCAGCAUCGUCGUGGCCUUCGCCGAGCUCAUUGCCUUCAUGAGCCCCGACUGGCUGCUGGGAUUCCCUCGUUCUAAUUCCAGCGUGAGCCAUGCGGGGGUGGACUCCGGGGAGUACCGGCCCUCCCUCGGCCUCUAUAGCCGCUGCCUUCACCUGGCCACCCGGGGAGGAGGUGUUAGCUGCGGGCCCUACGCCGGGACCUUCUCAGAGGUGGCCAGUGGUUUCUGGCAGGCGGCCAUGUUGUUUCUGGCCGGGGGGACGCUAGUGCUUGGGGUGGUGGCCUGCAUCUCCAUCUUCAGUCUGUGCUUCCAGAGCAUCCUGAGGAAAAGCAUCUUCAACAUAUGUGGUCUGAUGCAGGCUAUCGCAGGCCUCUUGCUCAUGGUGGGUCUCAUGCUGUACCCUGCCGGCUGGGGUUCCGAGAAGGUGGUCAGUUACUGCGGGCCAGAGGCAUCCGCCUUCAGGCCGGCCCUGUGCUCGCUGGGCUGGGCUUUUUACGCCGCCAUUGGGGGAAUCCUGGCGGCCUUCCUGUGCGCUGUUUUGUCCGCGCAGGCGGAGAUUGCCACCUCUAGUGAUAAGGUCCAGGAGGAGAUAGAAGAAGGGAAGAGUCUCAUCUGCCUUUUGUGAACACCCGGAGUGGACAGACUGUGGACUUUCGGGGGGAUUUAUCAGGUCCCAAGAAGCUGGAGGUGCUGUAUUCUUUCCUGAUGGAUUCAUUGUGGAAAAAUAAUUUCACAUAUUUGAAUGAAAAGUAACGUUUGCAUUCAGUUCUCAUACUUUGUUGGCAUUGCUUAGUCAGCGUAUUCACCUAAAUCUGAUAGAUAAAUCUGAUAAAAAUUCUGCCUAUAAAUUUUGGUAGAUGACCACUGUGUAACCCAACAAUUUGAAACAUGAAUAAUGAUUUUGAGUGCAUGAGAAAGUGCUAGCUCUCAUGUUAUUAACAUUUUAUUAGUGCAUGCCAAUAAAGCUGCUGGCAGCGACUGGAUUCUUGUGGCGUUAAUACAAAAAUACUACAUCAGGAGGUUGCCUACAGCCGCAGCUGUUUAUGAGUUUUUUUUUCAUGGUUUUCAACACGGCCAUGAAUUGAAUAGAGGCAUUAGUUGGCACAUUUGUGGUAUAUAAACUGAAAUGUGUUAGCAACUAUAUAAAUUCAAUGCUAGUGGUAGUGAUAUAACAAUAUGUCUAUCCUUAUGGUUGUAGUUUGCAUUGGUGCAUAUGGAAAUGUAUUAUUAUUGUUAUUAUUAUUAUUAUUGGAUGGCAGGAUUUUCAUUUAAUUUUUUACAUUUUUUACAGAUUUUUCCACAGUUUACAGAUUUUUUUUUACACUGCUGGCGUAUGUACCCGGUGAGUAAACAGAGUGCACAACUUCCAGUAAACACAGAUUGAUAUCAUUGCUAUGGUUCCCUUGCAUAGCUGAACUAAACAUCACCAUGUGUGUCCAGGAGAGAGGUCCACUGUGUGGCAGUGCUGCUACCAACAAAUAAUUGUUUGUAGCUCUAACUGCAGAACUUUGUUGGUAGUGGUGCCGCAUGGUAUAGCUCACCAUGAUGCAAAAAGUCCGGUGCAAAUCUUGACUUGUGCCGUGUGAUUGUUUUUAUUCUUUGUGGAAGGCGAGGUGUGCAAUAAGGAUUUUCUGUGAAAGUUAAUAUGCUGGGUUUUUAUGUUAUGUUUACAAGAGUUAGAGCAUUUUUGUAGCUUCGUAAGGAAGUGAAUGGCUGAUGUGAUUGUAGAGGAUUACACUUUGUACCUUUUAAUAAAAUAAUAAAAGUCUUUAUUAAUAACACAA